GGAAUAUUUUUAACCAAUGAAGAGGCUGAAGUUUCAUCACAUUUCCACGAAUUUUGAAACAUUCGAAAAAUAUUCGAUGUAAAUAAUGGCGUCCGUUGGCAAAUGUAUUCGUUUGGCUUUAUUACAACUAAAGGUAGGUGCAAAUAAGCCACAAAAUCUCCAAAGAGCCAAAGAAUUGGUGAAAGAAGCUGUGAGAAACAAAGCGAAUGUUGUUUGUCUACCAGAAUGUUUUAACUCUCCAUAUGGUGUACAAUAUUUCUCGGAAUAUGCUGAAAAGAUACCAGGAGAUUCAAGUAACUUUCUGUCUAGUCUCGCAAAAGAUUUGUCUAUAUACUUGAUUGGUGGCUCAAUUCCAGAAGAAGACAAUGGAAAGUUGUACAAUACAUGUUUGGUAUACGAUCCUGAGGGCAAUGAAAUAGCAAAGCAUCGAAAGGUUCACCUUUUUGAUGUCGACGUGCCAGGUGGAAUUAAGUUUACUGAAUCAGAUGUUCUUAGUCCAGGAAAUAAAACUACCACUUUCAAUAUUGGACUAUGGAGAAUUGGUUUAGGUAUAUGUUAUGACAUUCGGUUUCCUGGGUUUUCAAAAGUAUAUGAAAAAGAAGGUUGUCACCUGCUUAUUUAUCCUGGUGCAUUUAGUAUAACAACUGGACCAAAGCAUUGGGAAUUGCUUGUUAGAGCAAGAGCGUGUGAUAAUCAGGCAUAUAUAGCUGGAUGUUCUCCCGCACGAGAUGAGAAUGCUUCGUACAUAGCGUGGGGCCACAGCACUGUUUGUAAUCCCUGGGCAGAAAUAAUUGCAAAAGCUGGUUCUGAUGAGGAGAUUAUAUACUCAGACUUAGAUCUAGCAGUGGUUGACACAGUACGUACUGCCAUUCCCAUUCAGUCACAACAAAGAUCAGAUGUAUAUUAGUGCUGCUCGAAUUGACGCUCGAUGAUAAAACUAAAGAAUAGAAUUCUUAAAAGGAAAGGUGACUGGAAUGCCUUUAAUUCUUAAACAUAUUUACGCAUCUACAAUCUAUGUAUCUUAAUUUACAAUAAAUCUUUUAUAUUGAUUUUA